AUGUCUCCUCCAAUGCCUUCUCAAUCCUUCAGAGAUGGAGGAGUUGGUUUCGGGACGAGAUUCUUCUACUGGAGCACCUCGAUUCCACCGAAUUUAGACAUUGACCUCUCUAACAAAGAGAAUAACAGGAUAACGACCAACAUCAACGAGGGUUUCGAGAACUCGAUUUGGUUUUGGGAAAUAGGGAAUGUCAAUCUCAUGGACGACAUCGCUGUCGAAUCACUAAUUCAUGUCCUUGAUUUCGAACACACUGAUCUUUGGAAAUGGUUAACUGCUCAGGAACAGCCUCCAGAGGCAGUGAGCUCAAAUCCGCUUAUUGGAGCGAGGAUUCUCAGGCAGUUCUCAGUGAAUGAACGUUACUCUGAGGAUACGCUUGAGAAGAUCGGAAUCAACUUUCCGGUUGUUGAAAGGUUUGGCCUUUGGGGAGACAGACAAGCUCAUGAAGAGAGUCUCAUGAUACCUUAUUAUUUUCUGGGUUGCGAACGGUUCCUAGGGAUUUCCACUCACAGAGAACAUGAGGAGAAUCAGACCAAGUUUAAGCUACUGAAACCUAAUUAA